AUUUCCCUGUCAAAGAUGCCAUCGCUGUCCAGUCAAGUACCAGUUUUCCCAGAGUUUCAAGAAACAGCCAUCUCCACAGUCACAAGUUUGCAGGAAAAGGAGGAAGAGAUCUAGAUGAGCUACCAGAGAGUACCCCACGAGGAACCCUACCCUCCACCAGGGUAUCGUCCGUCUCAGCAACAUCCGUACCCACCACCGCCAGAUGUGUACCCUCCACCCGCUCGGGGCCAUGGCCAUCCGCCCCAAGAUGUGUACCCUCCUCCCCAUCGGGGCCAUGGCCAUCCGCCCCAAGAUGUGCACCAUCCACCUCAGGGGCCUUACCCUCCGCCGGGGUACCAGGGCUACUUCAACGACCAGCAGCGCCCUUACUACCCGCCGCCAUCGCAUCAGCCUCCACCGCCGUACGGGGGACAUCAGCAACAACAACACAAUGGAGAGGGCAGCUGCUCCGGGUUCCUCAAAGGAUGUUUGGCCGCUCUCUGCUGCUGCUGCGUGCUGGAGGAAUGCUGCGGCCGCUUCUGAGAUGUUAUCUCUUAGCUAGCUACUACGAGUCUUGGUACUUGGCCUUCAGUCCCAAACUAUUGUUACUAGCAUUCUGGAGCAUCUGAGUAUCGAGACAUCCUAUAUUGUGUUUGUAAAUCAUCGCGUUAAUUGGAGCAGGGUGUUCAAGAGCUUCCAGCCACUGUAUCAGUGUCAGAAACCGGCCAGUAUUGUGUUGUGCUUCUAUUAGAAAAUAAAUAAAGUCUUUAUGGAUAUUUCAUAUUUGGAUGGGACUCCAGAUUUUGGGAAGAA